AAUUACGAAAUUAAUUAAUGAAAUAUUUAAUAAAAAUUAUUUAAAAUUUUAGUAUGAUUUUGUUAGAAUUUUCUCAACAGAUUUGUUAUAACUGAAAAUAAAAUUCAAAUCUAUAGUUAAAAUUAAUUUAUUAUUAAUAUUCUUAUUAAUUGUUAUGUCAUAUUAUGUGAUUAAUGAAAUAGUCCUAGUAGACUUCUAAAUAGUAGAUAAAAAUGGUACUUCUCUUUUAAUAGAGAAGAUGAAACUUAUAUAAAUGACCCAACUUAAAAACAAAAUAUGAUGAAAAAGUUUGUCCUCUAGUCAAAAUUAAUCCUAGACCGUCCAUGCUUCCAUGCAUCCAUAUAUAGUAAAGUGCAUAUUGCUCCAUUAUAUUAGGCAAGGAUAUUAAACUAAACCUCAUCAAAAUUAGAGUCUACAAAAUUAACUACCAAGAAUGUUGGGUGUCCAUUGUCGUUAAAAAAGAAGAAGAAGAAUGUUAGGUGUCCAUUAACUUUAGCCGACAGUUAGUAACAAGAUUCAAGUUCCUUCUGACUCUUCAUAGGAAUAUAUUCACUCUAUAUAAGCGAUACAUUAAGCCGACACUUCUCACUGUGUCUUACAGAAACCAUUUAUAAACAACACAAAAUUCUUAUUUAAUUUCCAUAUACCAUAGAAAAAAAUAAGAAGAUGGCUUGGAUUGCUUCUGCGUUUAAGGCUUUGUGUUUGUCUUUCUUGUUCGUCAGCGUUGCAUGUCGUUCGACCAACGGAUCGAAGGUUUUCAAUGUCCGACGCUAUGGUGCCAAUCCCGACGGCAAAACUGAUAACGUCAACACGUUCACAAGUAUAUGGAAAAGCGCAUGCGCAAGGAGUGGAAGUAGUAAAAUCUACGUACCAAAUGGAACAUUCUAUCUCGGUGGUGCGGUGGUGUUCGAGGGGCCAUGCAUAAAUCAGAUUGAAUUCAUUAUAGAUGGAACUUUAUUGGCUCCUUCAAACCCCGGAGACAUUAAAAAUAAAACGUGGAUCAACUUCAGGUACAUUAACAAUCUCCUAAUCUCUGGUGCUGGUACACUAGACGGCCAAGGGAAAGAGUCAUGGAAACUCAAUGACUGCUCCAAAAACCCCAGCUGUCCUAUACUAGCUAUGUAUUUUAAUAGAUUUGAUUAUUCUAACAUGGGAUUUGCAUUUGUGAAUAACUCGAGAAUCAACGGGAUAACAUCACUCAACAGCAAAAUGGGACACUUCGACUUCUUCUCCGUCCAUCAGUUCAACAUUACCGGAGUCACUAUAAAAGCUCCUGGCGACAGCCCUAACACCGACGGGCUUAAGUUCGGGUUCUGUAGUAACAUUCACAUCUCCGACACACACAUCGGAACGGGAGACGACUGUAUCGCCAUUCUUUCCGGAGUUACUGACAUGGAUAUCUCUAAUGUCAAGUGUGGUCCCGGACAUGGGAUCAGUGUUGGAAGCUUAGGGAAGGGCAAAGACGAUAAGGAUGUUAAUGGCCUAACCGUAAGAGACACGGUUUUUAACGGCACAAGUGAUGGUAUUCGGAUCAAGACUUGGGAAUCUUCAAUUUCUCAGAUCGUUGUUUCUCACCUCGUGUACGAGAAUAUUCAGAUGAUUAAUGUUGGAAACCCGAUCAACAUCGAUCAGAAGUAUUGUCCUUAUCCACCCUGUAAAAAGAAGGGAGAGUCCCACGUACAGAUCCAAGACCUUAAGUUAACGAACAUAUAUGGAACUUCGAAGAACAAAGUGGCGGUGAAACUAAAAUGUAGCAAGAGCUUUCCGUGCAAGAACGUUGAGCUAGUUGACAUAAACCUAGAGAACAAGGGAUCCAAGGGUCCUUCCACUGCGGUAUGUGAGAAUGUUCACGGUUCUGCACAUGGCAAGAUGGUUCCUGAGCAUUGUCUGAACGGUCCAUGGUAAUAAUAACUGUGUGUUGUAUUUGAUAUAUUAAUAUAGUUUACCAAAAUAAAUAUUCAUACUUGGGUACAUAUCCCAUUUGGUGCUUAUGUACGUAAAAUCGAAUUUAAUAAAUCCUAUAUGCUAAUCUC